CGCCGCCGCGCCGGCGCUGCGCAGCGAGCUCGUCGGCGAUGCGCAGCGGCGGCCGCUCGAUGCUGCCGCGAUGAUGAACGCGGGGCGCCUGCCGCCCGGCUCGGGGUUGGGCCUCGGGCUGCCAGGCCGCGGCGAAGGGGCGCCGGCGUCGCCGCCUCUGCAGCCGCACGAGGUGCCGCGGCCAAGCUCGCCCGUCGCUGCGCCGGACGACGAGCGGCAAGCGCCGCCAGCGCCGCAGUCGGGCGUGCCUGCGUGGCGCAACAUGCCUGGCUUCGAGGACCUCUCCGAGUCGUGGGACCCCGCGUCGCCGGUGAUCCAGUCGCUGGCGCCGCCGGCCAAUCUGGCGCUGUCCAGCUCGGACAGCGGCCACACAGGCGGCACCGGCAGCACGGUGCGGCCGCCCGUGCGCCUCGGGCUGGCAGGCAGCGACGGGCCACGCCGACCGGGCGCCGCCUCGCUCGAGACGAAGCUGCGCGCUGGGCCCAGCAGUCCGUCCAACCGCGUGCCGUCGCACGACGCCGCAGUGGCAGAUCGCAUCGUGACGGGCUCGAGCGGCGUGAGCGGCAGCUUCCGUGAUGCCCUGAGCGCGAGCGCCUUUGGGCCUGGCGGCACCAGCACUGCGCCGAGCACUGCCGCGCCGCGCCGCGCCUCGAGCGAGGCGAGUGAGGGCAGCUCGGUCAGUGGGGCCAAGGUGGGCUUCGGCGCGCGCGAGAGCAAGCGGGGCUCGUCCUCGAGCGACGAGGAGGAGGUCAACUUUGGCACGGCCAAGGAGCCCGACGUGGAGCAGACGUUCGUUGAGCUCAGCCAGGCCGAGAGCCUGCCGCCCAUCCUCAAGCCUGCGUGGGCCAAGAACCUCAAGGGCCGCGGUGUCGAGCGCGCCGGCGGCGACAUGUUCACGCCGCUGAAGCUGCAGAGCAUGUGGCGCACGCCGACGCCCGAAGCGAGACAGAGCGCCGCGUCCAGCAACGAGGAGGUCAAGGCUCGUGGCGCCUCGCCGCCCGGCCCGACUAUCGAAGUUGCCUCGCCCGAGCACGAGUCGAGACGCUCUUUUGCGCGCGUCAGUCCUCCGCAGGCAGGUCCUUCAAGAUCGCCUUCGCCGCCGGCCUCGCGAGUGCAGAGCCGUGCACCGAGCGGGCCGUUUACCUUCACGUCGCGCGCAGGCAGCUCGCCCGACUUUGCAGCUGCGCCGCGCAUGCUUGGCUUCGGCAUGGCUGGCGUCGAGGGCACUCCGCGUCGCGGCCCUCUGACGCCUCGCGCGCCCAACACGCCGCUCAGCCUCUUUGCCGGGCGAACCAAGAACGUCUUCCCGCCUGCCGUGCCCUUUCGCAUCACGCGCGCGCGCGAGGACAGCCCGCGUGCGGCUGCGCGGGCAGCGGCAGCUGCGGCUGAGAAGCGCAUGGAGGAGGAGCGCGAGCGCGAGCGGAAACGCCUGCGGCUGGCCGACCGGCCGGGCUCGGCGCACUCCUCUUCUGCGCACAGCGAGGAGGAAGAGGCGCGCUUCGCACCCGUGCAUGAGCCGCUCGGCGCUGGGCCACCGCCGCCGCGGAGAGACUACGUGCGCGAGGGCCCCGACUUCUUGGCGGUGAUACAGGGCGUGCGCCUGCCCAGCGACGACUACGCCAGCCUGCAGCGCGACGCAGAGCUGGACUUGAGCGGCAGCUCCGACCUCGAGGAGCAGGGCCAAGAGUCUGGCCUCACCCUCGGCGAGGCGCACUUCGCCACGCGGAGUGGAGCUCGUGCGCCCACUCCGAGCGCGACAAGUCCGCUGCGCCUCUCUGGCCGCCGGAUACCGUCGGCGAACCGCAGCUUCGUCUCAUUUGUGGAUGGGGACGACGAGUCGCCGCGCAAGCUGUUUCGCCGCUUCAGUGCCGUGCAGCAGGCUCAGCAGGAGUUCGAGGCGGAGGCCGGCGAGGACAGCUUUGAGCGACGCGAGCGCACUGCACGUGAAGAGCUCGAGGAGGAGGCGCGCGAUCGUGAGAUGGCGCAGCUCGAGGCGCGUCUUGCCGCCAGGGAGCGCGCCAGAAGCGCUGAGCUCAGUGCUCGUGCAGAGGAGCACGACCUGCACGAAGCAAUGUCCAGCGAGGAGGAGCCAAUACCACAACCUGCUCGUCAGGCACCGCAGGCUCCCGAACGCGUGCCAAAGCUCAUUGGCCCCGAGGACCUCCCGUCCGACCUCGAUCAGCUCGGCGGCGGGCGCAUGACGUUCGACCGCGCCACGAUGCGCUGGAUCAGUGUCAAGGCAGCACGUCGUGCGCAGCAAGAGCAGGCCGAUGAGCUCCCGGCGGCCGGCUCAUCGCGUGGCCUCAUGCGCAUCAACAGAGACCUGGCCUCAGGCAACGCAAGCGCGGCUAGCGGAGACUCGACGGACCCGUUCAAGGACAUUGAGAGCUUCGGCACCACGAGGGACGCUUCUGUCGUCCGCGCAGUUCCCGCACGCUCGGAGGCGCAGGCUCCGGUGGCAUCGCAGUCGCCACGAGCUGAGGCUCGGAGACGGCCGGCCGCGCGAGAGGAGCAGCGAGCACCGCCUGCCAGGUCGCAACUGCCUGUUCGUCUUGCCAUCCCACGCUCGGGCUCCAACCUGCGCAACGAGAUCGACUUCUUCAGCGAUGGCGACUCUACCGUCCGCAGCCAGGCGACUACGCGCAGCAACGGCACGCGCUCGCAGACGGCACGCACGCAGACCUCGGGCCGCGCAAGCGUGCCCGACGCUGCCGAGCUGCGAGAGAGGGAGAGCCCACGCAAGAGGCUCAGCGUGCCAAAGACGCAGAGCCACGCGCCUCUCACGCCCCCAGCUCGCGCGCCGGUCAACAUCAUCACGACGCCACUGAGCACCUUUGCGACGCCGCGUGCACCGCGCUCUAUUCUCAAGGGCAUGGCAGCGACGCCCGACCAGCUCCUUGCGCGCUCCGAAGCGCGCUCCAUCAGCUUUGCCGACGUGGGCGCUGUAGGCGCGCAACGUCCUCACUACGACGAGGAGCCAGACGAUUUCGAGGACGACGAUGCCGCGUCGCUGCACGGCAUGCUGAGCCAAAUGACCAAUCUCGCGCUGCAACGCGAUGCCGAGCUCGCCGAGGGCGAGCAGGUGGACCCACGCGAGGCCUCGCAGGAAUGGCACGUCACGCCUACGCGAGGCGCUCGGACGCCCAUGGCACGCCGCAGCGUCGUCUCGACGGGGCGCUCGCCGUGGAACAUGACGGCCCUGCGCGAGCGGCGGCACCACGGCGAGAUGGAUGCAGAGAUGACAUUCCUCACCGACGCGAGCUUUGCCUUUGCGCACGAUCGCAUCCUCGAGCUCAUCACGGAUGUCGCGCCGUGGGAGCCGGGAUGGGAGGAGAUGGACACCAUCGACCUCUCUGGCAGACGCGUCGAGAGCGUGGUGCGGAUCAAGGAGUUCCUGCCGCGCCUGCAGCACGUCAAGCUCGACCACAACGAAAUUGCCUACCUCACCGGCCUGCCCGACACUGUUCGCUCGCUCAACGUCAGCCACAACCUUCUGCCGCCCACCGUCUCCUUUGGCCACAUGCUCGGCCUGGAGACGCUCGACAUCAGCCACAACGACGUCGAGCAUCUUGGUGCGCUCUCGCGUCUGGUCAACCUGCGCGAGCUGCGCGCCGACUACAAUGGCGUCACGUCCAUUGCUGGCAUCGAGCGUCUGCAGCAUCUUAAGUUGCUCAGCCUGCGUGGCAACAAGCUGCAGGCGCUCAACUUGCUCGACACUGCCUGGCGCAGCCUCGAGCACCUCAAUGUCAGCCACAACGAGCUGCUAGCUGUGCGCGGGCUCGGCACACUGCGCCGGCUCAAGAGCCUCAACGUCGAGCACAAUCUGCUCUCGCGCCUCGAGCUCGGACCGUCGAUGCCGCGCCUGCGCGCUCUGCGGCUCAGCUACAACGCAGCGGUCGAGCACCUCGACGUGCAGCCUGCGCCGCAGCUGCGCACGCUGCACGCAGACUACUGCGGCCUUGAGCGCGUCGAAGGCAUCGAGACGCUCAUCAAGCUGCACAACCUCAGUCUGCGGCAGCAAGUGUCCGGCAACGGUCUGCUGCAGCCGGCGCAGCACGUUCCGCACGCCGCGCGCCUCUUCCUCUCGGGCAACGCCCUGCCGCGCGGACUGUGCGAGCGCACGGCGCCAUUCACCUCGCUCGUGUACCUCGAGCUGUCCGGCUGCCAGCUCUCGUCGCUGCCGGCAGAGCUGGGCUCGCUCGCGCCGAAUCUGCGCCACCUCAACGCGGACUACAACCUCUUUGCACGCAUCCCGCCGCUGCAGGGCCUCGCGCGCCUAAAGCGGCUCAGCCUCGUCGGCUGCCGCCUGAAGCGUUCGCGCGCCAUCGUCGACGCGCUGCACCACAUGCCAGAGCUUGCCGUGCUCGACGUGCGCACCAACCCCUGCACGCUCGGCCUAUACCCACCGCUCAUGCUCGUCGACAAGGCCGCGCCUGCGGACGCGCCAGCCUCGCAACCGGCGUUCCUGCCGCCCAUGCCCAACCCGAACGUCGUGCAGCCCGACACUGCGGCCGCCGAGGCGCGUCAGGCCCGGCUGAAGCAGAAGGCCGCGCAGGCCGACCUCGAGAAGUCGUUCUUUCACAAGCGGCCACAUGACAUCGGCGCCGCUGCGCUCCUUGACGCCGACGAGGACGAUGGCGAGCCGCGCGCAGACGAUGCCCAGACGCAGGCGCUCUAUGCCGCCUCCGACGCCCGCUUCGCCCGCACGCUGCCGCCGCACUUUGCCUCGCGCCGCCUGCUGCACCGCGGCACGCUCGCCAUGGCCUGUCCGGCGCUCGAGUGGCUCGACGGCGUCGCCAUCGACGAGGAUGAGGUGCUGCAGGCCGACGAGAUGCUCUCGCGCCUCGGCUCGGUCGCGUAGUCGUGCAUCGCCUAUCUCCCUUCUCGUUCCCGUCUUGCCCCAUCUUUCCGUAUGUCACGACACUGUAUUCCAUCGCAAUUGCACUCCUAGUCAC